CGGCCCACAGGCUCAUGUGCCUCCGGCGCGAGAACCGUCCGCUCAAAGACUUCCUCAAGCCGCUCCCGCCGCCCAGUGCGCCGCAGCCGCGGCACGAUCGCGAAGCCUCGCCACACCCCUCGCACUCAACGACGCGCAGCGAGCAGAUGCGUCAGACGAUCUUCUUGCCCACGCUCCCGAUCGCCGCACCGCAGCACCCGCCGGCAGUGUACACUGUGCCUGGCGUGCCUACGCUCGCGCACCCGGGCGGCGAUGGGCUCGCGGGCGUCGCGGCGCACCCCCCAGGGUUCUCGGGCGAGAUGCGUGGGAUGCAUGGACAUAAGUUCUGUACGCCGCCGUUGUAUGACGCCAAGGACGCGCCGCCGAGGUACGAAGAAGCUGUUCUGCAUGGGCCGGGCGCGAGUGAUGCGUCGUCGCCGGGUCGUCCGCCAGGAGUAGGGAGACAGGAAUUGAGACGGAGCGCCAGUCAGUGAGAAUCAAAGCAGACAUGGGAUUGUACUCUUAGUGGGGUGAAGGGUGUCAUGGACGCUCGGUGUCUGUUUAUGGUUGUAUCUGUGCGUGUCACGUUCUCCUUCUUCGGAGAGACGCUAA